AUGGCUAAUCACAAAACACUGCGACUACAGUCCAGCAACGUAUCUGACAUAGCGUUCAAGCAUAAGAUGAACGAUAUCGGAGGAUGUGACAAGACAGCCUACGGAUGGCAUCCGCUGAGUCCAGACGGUGGUACGGAUGAGACCAGUUACGUAAGUGCUGUCAAAACGGAAUUUCCUCUCGACGACGACAUGUUUGCGAUAAACAAGUCGACGCGGCCGCAGCAGCAGCCACCACCGCCGUCGGCGGCGGCGCCACCACCGCCACCACCACCAGCUCCACCAUCAGCACCUCCUUCAGCCCCCGAUGACGUCAUGUUCGCGAAGCCGAAAUCCGUGCCGACGGCCACCUCAGACGCCGCUGCGGCAUCGUUACAGACGGCCUUCUGUAAGAAACCGCCACCGCCGAAGGUAGGCAUCUAUCGUCUCCAACAGCGAAACGCUAUGCAGUGCUCACCCACUAUUCCCACUACCGCUGCCGCUAUUCCUCCUACGCAGCAGAUCCCAUAUCUGCUUGAUGAUCUACCUGAUAUGAAUCAAGAGAACAUCACCUUCAACCCUGUAAUGAACGAUGUGAAAACGGAAGCAAGUGACGAGAUCUAUGGUGGAUACGAGUCAUCGCCUUUCGGCACAACCGCAACCCCUUGUGCCCCACAGGAAAAUGUACCGGUCAGCUGCCAAAAUGGCAGCGCAUGUGUGGACGCUCAACAGAUGGACAUUUACAGUUUCAGAGAAUUGAUCCUGAGACAUCUGAUUCAGGAUAUUAGCACCACUUGCGCCAAAUUGGGUUUGCCAACAGAUGCCCAGAAUUGGACGCAAGAGCAUGGCUCACGUUGGAUAUCUGAAAUGUGCCAGCAGUUUAAUCUAACACCACCUCGUCAUACUUAUUUGAGCGGACGUGCACUGCUCAGCAUGACUCAAAAAGAUUUUGUUGCCUUGGCUCCCGAAGGCGGUGACACCCUCUAUGCUCAACUACAACUGUGGAAAACCGCCUUCGAAUCCUAUCAUCAACAACAAAAUGGUGGGCAAAGCAGCGGUGGUAUGACUGCCGCUGACAAUUCAAUGCCGAAGAACAACUGGAUGGUACCUGGUCAAACAAUGAUAGGUGGUGAACAGAUGAAGAAUGCUACUGUCUUUGGACAGCAAUAUCCGGUUAAUGAGAUGCAGCAGCAGCAAUACUUUGGCAAUGGAGCUAUUGGAACAGCAGCUCCAGAUGGACAUGCAUUUUUCGGAAAUGGUGUACUACCGUCGCCAAGUGAUAGUGAUAGAAGCAGUACUGCGAGCAUGCAUGACAUGGGUGAUGAAGAUUGUGUCGACAUCCAAAGCAUGCUUCAGAUGCAGCAAGAUGGAAUGCGAUUUUGCGGUCAGAUGAACGGAAUGAAUAUGAACUCUGCGCAAACACCUCCAACAGAAGAACAACGUCCUUCACCGUUCCCGCGACACUCUGGUACCGUACACCUUUGGCACUUCAUCCGUGAAUUACUUGACCAUCCCAAUAAACAAUAUGGAUCGUGUGUUCGUUGGGUAGAUCGCGACGAGGGAACAUUCAAGAUUGAAUCCUCUCAUCAUCUGGCCAGAUUCUGGGGACAACGCAAGAAUCGCGCGCAGAUGAACUACGAUAAAUUGUCGCGUAGUCUCCGGCAAUACUACAAAAAAGGAAUCAUCCAAAAGCCGGAGAAGAAACAACGACUUGUGUACAAAUUCUUACCUCCGUACAAUCUGUGAUCGCGUCUCUCGCACGACGUCGGAACUGCAACGACGACGACGGCGAUGACGAUGCAUAUACGAAGCCGGCAGUCCACCAUUCUUUUUUGGACUAGCCGGUCAAAUCGUGCCGAACUGCCAGCCAAUGACUUGCCAAACUUGCGUCAGCGCACUUCUUGCCGAUUAUGGUGACGUCUGCCGUCACAUUUCCCCUCUCACCGCUUCGUCUUCACCUUCUUCUAUUGCUUCUGCGUGUUGUGUGUGUUUCUCACUAUAUCCACUAAGAUAUAUCACCGCGUAAUGUUCGUUGUAGAACAUUUUCUUUCCACAGCCUAGCUUCCCCAUCUGCCUUAAUGUUACUGCACAAGCACUUGGCAAUAAUCAAAAGCAGGUUGUGUUCACUAUUGAGAGCACACACUACAAGAACUAUAUCAUCAAGUUUUGCUCUGAAUCUUGCCACAACCUGUACAUAUUUCUAAGAAAGUAUAAUCUAGCAACCGGUACGUCAUCGUUCGAGUGUCCUUGAUCAUAUCCAUUGCUCUAUCUAUCUGCUGCACCUGUUCAUACUGUGCAUUUCCUACAAAUUGGUCUCUCUGAGCUGAACUGAGAAUGAUUUGCUCAGUUCAGCCAUUCUAUCAUUCUUCAGCGGCAAUAUUCUUUCAUAACAUGGUUCGAUGCAAUUUCUUGUGCAAUACUCGUCCUUUUUCUUUCAAUUUUAUGUGUGUAUAUGACACUCGGUGUUGAACAACGUGCAAUCAUAACUGCAAUGUGAUAAUCAUCCUUAAUACAUUCAUAUUAUAUACCAAUAAAUAUUAA